CAGACAUACAACUUGCAGUAAUUUUGCGUGGAUGGGCACACACAGAAAGAGAAAAGAUGUUAAAGGUUUACCAAAUAACGAACUUAUUAUGCUUUUUAGGCGUUUUGGGAAUCGACUCCAAAAAUAGUUUCACCGUUGGCGACUAUCGAUAUUGUUCAUCUAUGUACGAGAAAGGGGUUCACACAUUCGAAGUUCUACCUAUAUUUGGAUGGGACAAUCUUCGGAACGUGGAAGCCGGAUUGGUGUUGGAUACUAAAUAUACCCAGUGUAAGCUCACGGAAGAUGGCAAAUACCUAAUUCCUGAUAAUGUACAUCUAAGUCCAGUCAAGACUAGUAAAGUUCACGCAUUUGCUGAACUUAUUAUGAACCUACAAGACUAUUCAAGCGUUACAGCAAAAACUAUCAACGUAGAAGCAGGGUUCAGCUAUCGCGGGGUUAGUAUCAGUGGAAGUUUUUCCCAUGCGUACCGGGAGGCAAAAGUAAAGCAACAGAAGGGCAAGACCUACAUCACAAGAGUAGAGUUGCGUUAUAUCCGAUAUAUUGCCAGCCGUCAGCCACACGCUCUUCUUCAUCCAUCUUUCAAAUCUGCAGUUACACAAAUCGCCCACAAGCUUCAGCUGAACCAGACAAACGAAGCAAGAUAUCAGAGCGAAUUAUUAGUUCGAGACUUUGGAACACAUGUUCUCACAAAAGUUCAUGCUGGUGCAGCUUUGGUGAAGGAAGAUUUUAUUUCCCAAACCUAUGUAAAGGACUCCCUAGCUCACAUGAAAGACAUCAAGAUAUCUGCACGUGCCGACUUUUUUGGCAUUGUUAAUGUGGGUUCUUCAUACUUUACCCGUAGCGGUUUCACAAAUUCCAAGGCUUAUGAAAAUAGUAAAGUAAGUUCUGAUGUAGAAACCUAUGGGGGAUCUAUUUAUGGUACUAAUUAUACAGCAAAUGCCUGGGCUAACAGUUUGGACAACAACCUCGUGGCUAUGGACAGGUCAGGAGAUCCAAUAUAUCACCUAAUCAACUCGAAUACGCUACCCGAACUUCCGGCUUAUAUUAUUAAACAAUUACACAGCCAUAUCAAAGCAGCUGUUGAACAAUAUUAUGAGUAUAACACUUACCGAGGAUGCUUAGAACCUGAGUCACCCAACUUUGCUUUCCAGGCUAACCUAGAUGAUGGAAGCUGCAAAAGCCCUCUGACCAAUCUUUCCUUUGGUGGAGUUUAUCAAGUGUGUCAUUCAGAUAAGAUUCUAUGCCUAAAUAAAGAUCGAAAAAAUCCGAAAACCAGAGACUUUACCUGUCCAUCAAAUUACAAAUCUGUUUUCCUACACAAGGAAACUCUAACAAGACGCUACUAUAACCGCGCUUGUCGUAGUUGUGGAUUUUGGGGGUUGGGACGAUGUUGCAAAGAAUACAUACGAUCAAUUUAUGCAACGAUUUCCAGCUUCUGGUGUUUAGCAGAUAGCAGUGUCCCUCAAAAUAGCGGGUAUUUGUUUGGUGGGUUUUAUACGUCUGCUGUUGCCAAUCCAUUGACUGAAGAUAAAACCUGUCCAGAACAUUAUUACCCGGAAAUGGUUGGUCUAGAUCUCAAAAUAUGUUUGAGCGAUGACUAUGUAAGCGGUGCUAAAGCAGCGUUGCCUUUUGGGGGUUUCUUUAGUUGUAAUGAAGGAAACCCAUUAGCAAUAAAAAAGAUGAAACCCGGGAAAUUAACUGAGAAUAAUCCCAACACGUUAUCAAAGUUCUACAUAGACCAAGGAGAAGCUGGUUGGCCAAAAUCUUGCCCGAAAGGAUUUAGUGCCCAGGUUGUACUAAUUGAUAAAGAUUGCCCUAUUCAUGUCUGCAUUGUUACCAGGGCCAUGUCAGCCAUUGGUUUACAACCGAUUCGAAGACCUCCAUUUUCAGUUUUGUCAGAAUUAGAAGAUGGGAGUACUAGUGAUUUCACUUACGACGAAAAUACGGGGAAAUGGAUCAAGGGUGUUGAGGCGUUGACUUCCACAGAAUCAGAUGUUAGUCUUAUUGUUGUUUCUGUUCUAUUAGCAUGUGUCAGUAUUGUGCUUGUAGUAAUUGCGAUAGUUCACUGUUCGCGAAGACGUUCAAAACAAAACACAAUAUUGAACAACUCGUCGGAUUCGCGUCAAAACUUGCUAAAACAGAACUCGGAUUCAUCUACGACAUUAAAUACUGAUUUAACUGACAGCUUCUGCUAAAACAAUGGAACCACAGAACAAGACCAACUGAUCGGUUCUUCUGAAUUUAGAAUCGUUAGUUUUGCAAUCUAUGACACCACUACAACAGCGGCUAUCUUUGAAUUGUGAAAUAGUAUGUAAUCAAAAUUUUCGCGAGACCAUGUCGAAUUAAUUUCGAAUUUCGAUAAAGUGUAUUGUCAUGAGUUUAUUGUAGUUUUAUUCAGUUAUAGGAGUUUAUGAACGCCUGUGUUUAUACUGGUAAUAAAACUGUUAAAAAUGUUA